AUGUGCGAUAGCAGCCAAAAAGAAGAUCACAGCACAAGUGCGAGCGAUAGCGCGUUGUUCUUCAACUACCAUGAGUUCUCGUUUUCAUUCUACAAAGAGCUCGGUUCCGAAGACGCUAUACCCAAGGAGCACGACGAAGACCACAAAUUGUGUAUAACGCACUUUCCAAACGUCUACGCGCCGCGGGGCUCCGCCGAGUUUCAGAUGACCCGGGUGGUGCGUGUGCCCCGGCGAUUCGACGAGUCCCGGGACAGCCUGGAAAUACCACAGUUCAGCACGCAGUUGCCCGGGAGCGAGCCGGCGGCUAUCGUCGGAGACAAUAGCAGUGGCGGGUUUGUGCGAUGCGGGCGCUACGACACCGGCGAUCACGUGUUCGGCUGCUCGUCCGUGUCGCCACUGUCCGAGCUGUUGGACGCGGCGGAGCUGGCAGAGGUGGUGCGCCGGGUAAACGAGCACCUGCGGCGGGAGGGGUAUGAGGUGUACGGGUGGCGCAAUCUUGGUGGCGUGGUGCUGGACGCGGUCACGGGCGGGCUGUGGAGCUGGGCUUCGGGGCCCCUUCUCGCUUUGUGUGGGCCUAUGUUUCAAGAGUCGCGCGCCCUAGAACAGUACGUGGCGCAGCUGAACUCGCCGGGCGGAUUGCUCCACGAGCGCGGUGUGCGCCUAGUUCUGCCCCGACGGUCCGGGUGCCUAUCCCUGGAUUUUGUCGUGCCCCGACCUGCCGAGUAA